AUGUUGAAAUCCCACCAAGACACUGUAGAGAUGCUUACCUCAGUAAAUGCCAAAGUCCUUGAAGACUCAUCAACCGCAAUUAAAGAUUCUGAAAAGACCAUUUCUGAAACGACCGCGAAAGUCAAAAAACUACAUGAAGAAGUGACAUCAUUUAUGGCUGAAUUCAGAAGCUCCUCAGACAAAAAUAUUGAAGCAAUGAACAAGAUUGAAAAGUUGCAAAAGGACUUGGCCGUCAAAAACAAUAUCAUGGAUCAGUUGGCUGAAAAGACUCCGAAGGCCAAAGUUCUUACGCUAUUCGACAAGCUUCAACCAGUCUUCACAAUGCUGAAUCAAAUUGAAGGUAUUUCGGGAAGAAAUGCUUUUCAGAAACAAGGGGGAGACAAAGAGCCUCAGCCAAAGAAAAUGACCGAAGAACAAUAG